GCACAAGACCAGCACCACAAUAUCACAUCUCAAUCGUGCGUGCAACUGUUGCCUUCUUGAGCUAUGGCGGACUCGCAAUGGUGGUCCAAAGAUACAAUUGCGGUGGUGACUGGGAGCAAUAAGGGGCUCGGAUUUGCCAUUGCUCAAGGCCUGGCACUCAAGGGAGUGACUACAAUCCUGACAUCCAGAGACGAGCAAAGGGGAUUGGCGGCUCUAAAUUCUCUCAAGAAGGAUCAAAAGAUCAAUCCGGAAACGCUUCACUUCCAUGUCUUGGACGUGAGAAGCCCGUCAUCCAUCCAAAACUUUGCUAAAUGGAUCGAAACUAAGUUCAAUGGCGUCGACAUAUUGGUUAACAAUGCUGGAAUCUCAAGAAAUGAUCACUUGGGAAAUCCAACAGUGGAGAGUUCCAAGGAUGUUAUCAGCACGAACUACUACGGAACGAGGAUGGUGAUCGAGUGCUUGCUCCCUUUCUUAAGAUCACAAUCUCCCCAUGGGUCUCGCAUCACCAAUGUGAGUUCAGCAACAAGCCGAAUGGAUUCAAAACUUUGUACAAAGUGGCAGAGGAGUUCAUCGAGGACGUGGAGCAUGGCCAACUUAGAGAAAAAGGGUGGUCUGGGAUCUUUGGAGCAUACGACUAUUGCUUAUCUAAACUCCUUAUCAAUGCUUACUCAAGAGCGAUGGCAUGGAAUCUCCCCAAACAAGGUUGUAAAAUCUUUGUGAAUUGCAUGUGUCCAGGGCUGACGAGCACCGAUAUGUCGAGGAAUAAUGGUCAUUCGGCUCAAGCCGGGGCUGAAACAGCU